AGUUAAAGUUUAGGUAGUCUUAGAGGGAUCCACCCAAACUUAUUCUAACAUCCAUCACGCGCAAUUCGUCGUUAGGCAGAACAUCACACUUGCAACUUUAUUUUUCCUCUUUUCAUCCCACUUCUGUUCAUUUCGAAACCAAACUCGCCGAUGAAAAUGGGACCAAAGAAACGCCCCGCCGAAGAUGAGAGCGACGGAUUAAAUCACAGAGCUCGUCGCAAGCGAUAUUCAGGAUCCGUUAGGUCGGCCACAACAAUGGAUAAUAACUACGGACAACGAUCAGCAUUUGGCGACUUCGCAUGUCCUACCACCGUGCCGACCGGUGAUAGCGACCUGGAAUGUGAAGAUGAUACCGAAGCACUGGCAUACCUCAAGUCUGUACGAGUCCAGGCGUCCGCGCUCCCACAUGUUAUGGUUGCAAGUAAAGCUGGUCCACAGCCACCCCCACAAGCCAUUUCACAAUCUGCAGACGAACAGCAAGAUGAAGACGAAGACGUUGCCGACCGGGGUAUCUAUGAAGACGGCCGAGGCGAUUUUAGAGGAUAUUAUGAAGACGGUGCGUACGUCGCAUAUCCGCCCGACUACUUCGACGACGACGACGAUGACGAUGACGAUGACGAAGAAUACGAAGAGGAGGAAGAUGUACAAGAAGAAAUGGACUACGAAAACGAAGAAAAUAAAUACGAAGAGGGUGAGGAAGGUAAUGAAGGCGAAGAAUUUCCAGACCUGGAAUACUAUGAUGAAGACAGCCCUGAAUCUAGUGAAGGCCGUCCACACAACAGUAAUUCGGACGAGAUUCGCGAGGCGUAUUUCACAUCCAUCAUAAACCAAUACCUAGGCCUUCGCCAAAUUCUACAAAAGGAACCUCCAAAGGAAUUAUUAUCUUCCCUUCCAUGGUCGAAUCCAAUUGAAGUCGGUGGAUUUGGUCCUCGCUCAGGCACAUUUCCUCAGUGGUCUGGUCGGCUUCGGGGUACGGACCCACUUCCAGUACAGAUCGCAGGAAUGCAUAAAGACGCUGUCUUCCGCUUGUUGCGCAUUCUCCUUGGGGGUAAGUUCCUUCGCAAGCAACAGGUCCUUCGUGAGCGUACUAGUAGAUGGAUAUGGGCGCUCCUUGCACGGCUACCUGAAAGGGGUGAGCUCGACUACCAGGAAAUCGGCUGGAUACGCGAGUUAGGCAAGAGGGCCGUUUUGCUAAUGGUGAGCCUGGCCGAGGUGGAAAUCCUACAAGAACACUACGAGGUCGGGGAUAGCAGCUUUGGAAGCCAAGACGAAGGUGAAUUCGACGUCGGUGAAGGUGUCGAUGAGUCAAGCCCGGAAGAAUGUUGCGACUUUGAGUACAUCGACACGGAUAGCAACGAUCCAGAAGCCCACAAACGGAAGUUUGACCAAUCUCAGGGUGGUAAGACAUCAGAGACUAGCUCUUCUAUCGCGAAAAAUGGGGACACGAUGAAUUCUGAUACUAAGCCUACAACCAAUGGCGAUAAAAUCGAUAAAGUCGAUAAUGAGGUCAAUCGGACUGAGCCGGCGGUUCAAUCCGAAAAAGCAGAAGAUUUGUCAGACGUCGAAAUGCAAAUUGAGUCAGACUCGGAGGAUGGGGAAGUAUCUGACACGCCCCAGCAGCAAGAAACAGAAGCUGACAUAGAAGCGGCCAAAAUCCGCCUUCUCCAACAGCAUUGUAUCGAGGUCGACAACGCCCCGUCAGAACAAAACCCCACAGAACCCCCCACUAUGACCCUCGAAGAAAAAGCUUUUGCUGCUCUUGAUGCAGAAGAAGAAGAAAAGAACCAAGCAAAAGCGCAUAGAGCCAAGGUCAACGAACUAGCCACCCUGAAUAUGAUUCUUACUGUAGCCGGUGAGUUCUAUGGGCAACGAGACCUUCUCGAGUUUCGGGAUCCGUUUGGAGGAUUCCAGAUUGAGUAGGUACCGCGUAUAUUGUAUCCGAUGAUAUUCAAGAUAGAUAAUUUUUAAAAUCUUUUUAAUGAGACGAAAAUCUUUCCCGUGGUCAUCGUAACAUAUGCUUAGUAAACGUAGACGCAAUCAAUACCAAUGAGGA